AUGACCGGGCCAAGCCCCAUAGGGCCCAAGAAGAUGGAGGUGCAGAUGGACUCCAAGGAUACACAGUGGUGUGCCGCCUUUACCCGCGCACGCUUAGAGGCAUGUGAGUUGCUCCUACCCAAUUGGCGGCCGCUCGCGGAGCUCUCCUCGCACCGGGCGAUCUUGCAGGGCUUCCACACGCAACCCUGCGUGGAGUUUCAGAAAGGCUACUGUGCGUUGCACCGCGUCCGGGGCAAGACCUCCUUAUGCUUUUGCUUCCACUUCGACUCCCAGCGUCGGCGCCCGCCGGUGACGCCCGGGGGCCGCCUCAGGUAUUGGGACAUGGCGUGUCAAAGCAUGACUUCAGCGUCAGUAUGUCCGGAUGGAGAUGAUUGCGUCUUCGCACAUAGCCGUGACGAGAUCUCCUACCAUCCGGCUAAGUACAAGACCCGAAGGUGCAACGGCAAAGGCUGCCGUGGUCAGGAGAUCUGCUGCUUUGCUCAUGAAGAGGAUGAGCUGCGGGCGUGGGCACCAGAGACGUAUUCGUACUGGCUACUGGUCUAUGGAGGUACUGGCGAGGUGGAAGAUCCACAGAGGUCCUUGGCUCGACGGAAGGUGCGCUUUUGCGCCUCCUUCCCCAACGUCAGCCAGUGCCGCCGUGGGGCCUCGUGUGAGUUCGCGCACUCCAGAGAGGAGGCACAGACCGAACUGCUGUCUGAGGCACAGGAACAACAGGCUCCAGAAGAGCUCACGGAGGACUUCUUCAUGUACCAGUACAAGACCUUGUGGUGCCCAAUCGGCGUUCAGCAUGACUGGCAGAAUUGCGUCUAUGCCCACAACUAUCAGGAUGCCCGCCGCAAGCUUUCCAUCGGCUAUGGGCCGCAGCCGUGCCCUCACUGGGCCAAGAAGGACCCAAGCCUGGACUACGAGCAGCGUUGUCCACAGGGCUUGCGCUGCCCCUACGCGCACGGCGCGAAAGAGCAGCUCUACCAUCCGCGAUACUUCAGGACGGUGGUUUGCCGGGACCUCCGAUCCAAGGCCUGUCCCCGCGAUCGCCUCUGUGCCUUCUUCCACCGCCGUGCCGAGCGCCGCCGGCCGCCGCCCGACGAUACCGACUACACCAGGCCACUGCCGAACGAGGCGAUCUGCGAGGAGUGGCGCGCCAACUUUCAACGACCUCCCUUCAGCGACCUCGCGCCCACGGGGCGACUGGAGGCGAAGCCCUUGCCAGCGGGUAGCGUGCCACCAGGUUCGCUUCACUCGCUUCGACUCUGUCGUCUCACUCUCCAUCCGUCCGAUCUGGUUCUCCACACGCAUCGCCUCUGUCCGGAGCCAGAAACUGGGCUGAACUAUUUGCAGGACUUUACCAUGGCACCCUUUAUGCGAAACUGGCAUGCUUUGAGAGUGCCAUUGUCUUUCAGCGACUUGUAA